AAUUGGUGUUCUUGUGAAGUUAAGACCAUUGCUAAAGCAAAGGGAUCUCAGAAGCUGUAGCUAUUUUCAUCAUGGCCAGCAAUUCAAAUUCAUUGAAUUUGUCCCAAUCCUUGGUGCCCAUAUUCAAUGGAGAAAACAAUGUUUUUUGGAGUAUUAAAAUGAAGACCUUUUUUGUCUCACAAGAUUUGUGGGAUCUUGUGGAGAAUGGGUUUGUUGAAACCGAGAAGUCACCAGCAGCAAAGGUGAAAGAUCUUCGGAAGAAGGACGCAAAGUCAUUGCUUAUAUUGCAACAAGCGGUAACUGACUCAAUCUUUCCUCGGAUUGCAAAUGCCACAAAGUCAAAGGAAGCUUGGACCAUUCUGAAUCAAGAAUUUUAUGGAGAUGACAAGGUAACAAUUGUGAAACUUCAAACUCUGCGUAAAGAAUUUGAAAACUUAUGCAUGAAAGGAAGUGAGUCAGUUCAAGAUUUCAUUAAUAGAGUUUCUGUCAUUAUUCAUCAAUUGAAAACUUAUGGUGAUCAAGUUGAUGAUCGUAAGGUUGUUGAGAAGGUUUUGAGGUGUCUACCAUCUAAGUUCGAUCAUGUUGUAGCUGCUAUUGAAGAGUCAAAGGAUUUCUUUGUUUAUUCUCUUAAUCAAUUGAUGGGCUCACUUUUAGCACAUGAAGAGAGAAUGAACAGGUUUGCGAAGAAGAACAUGGAGCAAGCCUUUCAAACAAAGGUAGAGAUCUCUAGCCAGGAGAAAAAUGAUCACAGAGGCUCUACUAGUAGAGGAAGAGGUGUUAGAAGCCUUUUUCGGAAUAUCGAUGAGACAGUGAAGCUGAAAGUUCGGCUUGGAGAUAAUAAGCAGGUGCAAAUUGAAGGCAAGGGAACAAUUGCAAUUAGAACCAAGUCAAGUAUCGAAAAGUUGAUUCAUGAUGUUUAUUACAUACCUAACUUGGCACAUAAUUUGCUUAGUGUGGGUCAGUUGGUAGAGAAUGGGUAUUUAGUUGAAUUUCAUGAUGGCUUGUGUGAAAUCAAGUGCAGUAAAUCUAAUAUGUCUCUUGCUAAGAUUCCCAUGGCUAAAAAUAAAAUAUUUCCACUUGAGAUCUCAUGUUUGAAUGAUCUUGCACUUGUUGCAAAUGUUAAAGAUGACUCCAAGUUAUGGCAUAUGAGAUAUGAGCAUUUGCAUUUUAAUGGGUUGAAAUUAUUGAGUCAAAAAAAGAUGGUUUAUGGCUUGCUCUCUAUUGUUCCUAUUGAUGAUGUUUGUGAAGGUUGUGUUUAUGGGAAGCAGCACAGAAAUGCAUUUCCAGUUGGGAAAGCAUGGAGAGCAAAGGAGCCUUUGGAGUUAGUACAUGUUGACAUUUGUGGGCCAAUGAGAAAUUUGUCUUUGAACAAGAGCAAAUAUUUUUUAUUGUUCACUGACGAUUUUUCUCGUAUGAGUUGGGUAUUUUUUCUUGUUCAUAAGUCAGAAGCUCUUGAAAAAUUUCAGGAAUUCAAAGCUUUUGCAGAGAAAGAAUGUGGCCAUCAAAUAAAAAUUCUUCGAACCAAUAAGGGAGGAGAAUUUUUAUCUAAUGAGUUCGGUAGUUUCUGCAAGCAAAAUGGGAUCAAGAGACAACUUACUGCUGAAGCAGUUGCUACUGCUGUACAUAUUCUCAACAUUUCUCCAAUAAAGAACAGUGCAUGGGAGUGGAAUGAAGGAAAGAUUCAGCACUUGUCCUGUGAAGAAAGUGAAUCCAAUGAGCCACAAGCAGAGGAGAUGGAAGUUGGACAACAAUCUUCUCCUACACUAAGUUCUCCAACAAUGUCACCACAAUCUGCUCUAACUCCUCAACCUCGAAGGAUGUUCACUAGAAGCAUGUCUGGUGCUAUUCUUAGGAAGGAAAAACCUUGGCAGCAAGUUUAUGACCCAGAUACUUAUGCACUUCUGGUGGCAAAACCUACUUGCUAUGAUGAGGCAUAUGGAAAACAGGAAUGGGAAAAUUCCAUGAAAAAGGAGAUAGAUUCAAUUGAGAAGAACAACACUUGGGAGCUUGUAGAUAAACCAAAGGGGAAGACUCCAAUUGGUGUGAAGUGGGUCUAUCGAGUGAAGUAUAAAGCAGAUGGGAGUGUGCAAAAAUACAAGGCAAGACUUGUGGCCAAAGGCUAUGUGCAGGAACAUGGUAUUGAUUUCCUUGAAACUUUUUCUCCUGUUACUAGAUUUGAGACUGUUAGAUUGGUGAUAGCAUUAGCAGCUCAGAUGAAAUGGAAGAUUUUUCAAUUUGAUGUUAAAUCUGCUUUCUUGAAUGGUUGGUUGGAAGAAGAUGUCUAUGUUGAGCAGCCUGAAGGAUUCAUUGUUCAAGGCAAAGAAGAAAAGGUGUACAAGCUCAAAAAAGCUCUUUACGGACUCAAGCAAGCGCCAAAAAGCACAAGCGGAUAUAUAUUUAAUCUUGGCUCGGGUGCUGUGUCUUGGAGUUCAAAAAAGCAAGAAUGCACUACAUUAUCUUCCUCUAAAGCAGAAUAUGUUGCUACUACAUCAGCUGCUUGUCAAGCAAUUUUGAUGCGAAGGAUUAUGAAAGAUUUGCAGCAAGUUCAACAAAAGGCAACAAAGAUCUUCUGUGACAACAAAGCAACAAUUUUAAUGACCAAGAAUCUAGUGUUUCAUGGAAGAACAAAACAUAUUGAGCUGCAUAAUCACUUUAUCCGAGGUGCUAUUGCAAAUGGAUUAAUUGCUUUGGAGUAUUGUUCAACAAGUGAUCAAGUCAUUGAGGGAUUUACCAAAGGACUCUGUUUUAGUAAAUUCAUGAAGUUCUGUAACUCACUUGGAGUUGCAGAGUUUGCAUCAAAGGGGGAUGUUGAAAACUGAUGCAAAAGUGGAUAUUGUCUUUAUCUAAUUUGUUAUUUAGUUUGAAUAAGUCUUCUUGAUUUUUCUUCAAAGGGUGGGGUAGUUGCUAUUUUUUAAGAUUAUUUGUUGAGUUAGUUUAGCUCAUAAUUUCAGUUAGAAUACAGUAUAUGGAUAUCAUGUUACAAUCUCACUACUUAGAUUUUCAGUAUAUAUUUGUAUGUUUUUUCAAUGAAUUCAAUAUUCAAAA